AUGUGCGCUUUUAAAACAACCCCGAUUAGGUUAGUCGAUGACGUCAUGUACAGUACAGCAUUGAUCGUCUUCCCGCGAGGUGGCUACACUGAAUUGAAUCAGGACGAUUCCGCUUGGAGCAGAUUCCACGAUUCGCACUGCCUCACCAUAGAGGAGAUCGAGACCUUGAUCAAGGGACCGCUUGCUCCUCAGCAAAGCCUCAAGCUGCCUGGCCGCGGACUGGGCGGUACAAUCCCCCCCGCUCUGGGGUCGUUUACCAAUCUCACCGCAAUCGACCUGUCGGACAACAAUCUGACGGGCCCAAUUCCCCCCGAAUUGAGCAGGCUUCGUCGCCUGGUGACACUCAAGCUCGCCGGGAACCGCUUGACGGGAGGGAUCCCCGCAGAGUUUGGCAACUUCUCCAAUAAUCUCGCAAACCUCUUCUUGUCGGGGAACCGUUUGUCCGGGCCUUUGCCUCCAAGCAUCGGCAUUAUCCCCCGGCUCGUGACGCUGGAUGUUUCCCGCAAUCAGCUGUCAGGGUCUAUCCCGCCAACGAUUGGCAACCUGUCCUAUCUCGGGACGCUCCAGCUUGCCGACAACCAACUUUCCGGCAGGAUUCCAGGCGAGAUUGGCGACCUGGGGGGUGCGGUCAGCCUGUUCCCGACUUCAGGACUGAAUCUGUCCUACAACAACCUCUCCGGUCCAAUUCCAGCUAGUUUGGGUCGGCUCACCGGGCUUUAUUAUCUCGACCUGUCCUCCAACGGUCUGUCAGGAGCCUUCCCGUUCUCGUUUGCCAAGUUUCUCAAGCUCGAGUUUCUGGACCUCUCGUACAACUCGUUAUCUGGGCCGUGUCCUACUUUUGGCAAGCUGCCGCUUCUUGGUGCAAUCCUGCUCAGGAAUAACGGCUUUUCGGGGCCCAUCUCCAGCAGCAUUGGCCAGUGCCCCAUUCUUUACGGCCUGGAUCUCAGGAACAAUAGCUUCUCAGGGCCGAUCCCCCCUGCCCUGGGCUCGUUCCGGAUCAUGGACACUUUGCUCCUGAGUGACAACCAGCUCACGGGUACGGUCCCAGUGGAGCUUGCAGGGUUAACCCGGUUAACGUUCCUGGGUAUUGCUGGCAAUAACCUGACUGGGCCCAUGCCUGCGGAGCUCGCGGGGCUUUUGAAGCUGACGUUGCUUGACGUGUCACGAAACCCGGCAUCGCUGGGGAACCUCCCAUCGAACUUUAGCCGGCUGCACAACCUGACGCAGCUCAGUCUGCCGGGCCCUGACAUCCCCGCGUGGCUCCGGUCCUCCAGAAGUCUCCGUGCCAUUAGCUUUGCCGGCGCGCAGGGGGGCUGUCCUGUAAGGGGCCGCGAGUUGGAUCUGUCGCUCCUCCCCCAAACCUGCAAGUAUGUCUCACUGCGGGACCACUGCCCACGGCUGCGCGCGCUCAGGCUGUGGGACGCCUGCGACAGCGGCUGCGCGAUCAAUUUGAUCGGAACGCGCGCGCGCCUCGCUCGGAGGACCCGGGAGGAGGUGUGCUUGGGGAGGGCCUCCGCCUUCCUGCAGGGCGACUCGCCGGACUUUCAAACGGGACGUGACGGCGAAAUCUUCUUACAAAAUCGCCAGGUCAACCUGUCCCUGUUCGACCCCGACUUUGUGGAUCGUGUGGACUUGGGCCCCGACGGAGAAGCGUAUACCGGCGUGAGCUUCGUUAAAGUGCAGCGGGGCAACCUGUGUGGCAAUUCCGAGGCGCUCACUGUCAUAUUCAUCCUUUACUCGGUCUUUGGGGCGGGCGCACUGCUGGGGUCUGCAGGCGCGUGGUUGCUGGCGCGCCGCCUACGGAAACAGGUCCCCAAACCCGAGCCUCGGCCUUCCACAUGGGUGACAUUCCUGAAGCGGCUGCCUUAUGCAGAAAAAGUCGUCACUGUUGUAUCGACGAAGGCGAUUCCCACGGGGGUUUAUUUAUGGGGGGUCCUCGGGCUCGGCUUGACAUAUUACGACCUCGGGACGGAUAUCUUGGUGCUACGAGAGCUCUAUGGGGCGUGGCCAUUUUGGGUAGGCCUGGCCAGUCUCCUGGCUUCUGUGGUGGCAGCGGCGAUCACGGCGACGAUCGUGCUCCUGCACAAGGGGCUCCCUUCGGGGCACGUCUCGUUCACCUUUGACGCGUUUCUCCCUCGCAGUCUGCCUCUGAAGGAGCGAGCCCCCCCACUCCCGCUCUCGGCAGGGCAGUCCCUAGCCAUACUCGUACUUUGGCCUUUGGCCGUGCCUUUGGUGCUGCUUUUGGACCUUCUGGGAGUUUUGGAUCGGGUUGGGGUGCACAUAAAGGCACAAGGUACGGUCUUCCUCAUGGAGCCGUGGCUUGACGCGCGCGGCUUUCUCGAUACUUUGCUGCGGAGCGUCCCUUCCGUGAUUCUCCAGACGGUCGUUUAUUGGCUGGGCAGUUCAAGGUCGACGAGGCUUUACUUCGAUGAGGUCCUCUUCAUCCAGUCUAGCACCGGUGCUCUGAGUACCAUGCUUUACCAGAUUAUUGAUGCUUCCUGGGAAGCCUUUUAUUCUCCCAGGCCUGAGUAUCCUUGGAACCCCGUGGCAAGGCGCUUGAGUAACGUAAAAAGGUCUUGGAAGGUAGACAAAAAUGAGGAUGUUGGUGAGGAAGAUUCUCUGAAGCUGGGGGUUUCCUCGAAUGCGGGCUUCGUCGAUAAGAGUGGCGACCUUUACCCUUGAGAUGUUCUCCUCGAUGAUCGAUUCCCUCUUGUUGCGUGUAGAAGUUGGGAAAUCAAUCAUCAUUAAACGGUCCGGUAGAUUGCAUUCGGUAGAUCGUCAUCUUGCACUUUACGCAUUCGGUUUAUGCAUGUACGAAAUGUGCCUAGGUCGAACUCCACAUGAUGAGUGCCGUAGUCUCGCCAAACUCUGCAGGAAGAUCAUGAUUUGAGAGCGACCGCAGGGCCUACCGUGUAUCCGAUAACACAUAAAGGUUCUUAAAGAAAAACUUCUUAUGGGGGAGGCGGGUUGAGGAUCCCCAAGACCAAGCUAAAAACAAACAAUAUUGAUAUACAAAACAGUGUGUUGGCCAAGCCAACUCAAUGUCAGAAUUGAGUGCCCUCAAAUGUCAAUGAUACGAC